UUUUUAUAAAAUAAUGAAUUAUUUUAUUUUCCCAAAUUCAAUGAUUCCGAUUUUCUUGCUUGGUUACUCGUUAUUUACUGCUAAUUUUUCUGUAGUAUCACCCAAACAUUCAAAUAUAAAUGGUAAAAAAUAAACAAAAAAUAUUAAAUUUAAUUAAAAGUUUUGGGGCAAAUGAAAUUCGUCCAAAACGAGACGAAGAUGAUGAUACUCCUUUACAUGAUGAUGAAGAAAUUGAAAAAUCUGAUAUUUCUUCUUUUAAUUCUUCUGAUAUAGAAAGUCCUUGGAAUAAUUCAAAAGAGAAAAAUAUCAACGUUAAAAAACGUUCCCCUUCAAAAAUAAAUUCAUCUGAAAAAAAACAACAUGAACAACAUAAAAGAGAAGUUGAGGGAAUCUCGAAUGGAGAGAAAGAGGACGAAAAAGAAAUUACUUCAGAUAAUGAAAGUGGAUCUGUUGAAUUAAAAAAUGUUGGGGAAACAUCAGGCCAACAAGAAGGAGAGGAAAUAAAAAAUGAGACAAUGAAAGGGCGUAACACUCGUUCAGUUGGUGGACUUGCUCACCGUUCCCGUGGGGCAGGUCAAAAAGGCCAACAAAAAUCACAGGCUGGACGAGGCCCAAAAAGUGAAGAAAUUGACUAA